GAAACACUGAGGAGUUCACCGGCCAUCUCUCAGCUUCGCUGACCACACAAGAAAACCACAGCAAUGGGUGAUGCAGAAGGAGGGAAGAAGGGACCCCCCAAAUUCAAGCAGAGGGCAGCCCGCGUCUUCAAGAGCAAGGCCCCCAAGCCUGGCCAGAAGGGAUUUGGAGAUGACAUCCCAGGAAUGGAGGGACUUGGAACAGACUUCACAGUGGUCUGCCCAUGGGAGGCGUUUGGCGACAUGGAGCUCAGUGACCUGGCUAAAUACGGAAUUGUGUAGUCCCCCUCCUUCCCUCGCUCCCUCCCUCCUUCUCCCUCUCCAUGUCUACCUCUUCUCCGGUGAGGCCCAAGAUGCCUUGCUGCCACUACAAUGCACUGCUUACUACUCAGGACUGGUUUAGUCGUUAGCGCACAUGGCCACUGACGAGGCAAAUGUGAAUUAGAAGAAGUGUUUCCAUCCAAGCAAGGCAAGCUCUGUAACAGCUCUC